AUGGAUAUUAUGGGUUCUGAAAAACCAAACAGUGAACUGGAGGUAGGUGCAGCUGCAAACGCCGCACAUCCACCACAAACAUCAGCGUUGUCGGAUGUCACGGAGUUCAGCCAAGAGGAUGACCUUAACAUCGGUGACGAACAGGAUUCAUUCGUUGAAACCUACACAAAAAGAAAUAAGUUCGUGGGGUCGGCGGUGAAUCGUAUGAUAGCUAUACUCCUCAUGUUUGUUCUUGUCUUGGGGGGUUGGAGAUUGGCUGUCGGCGAUAAAAAGCGACGAGUACUUGGAGAGAAGGUGCCUACAGACGAAGAAGGCAUUAGGAAAAUGGUGGAAGACUUAGUGAUGUCUACCCAGCGUUUUUCUGAUGAAUGGAAUUCUUCCUCUAGAGAAGUGCGUGAUGCCUUCAAUAGCAAUUUUACCUGCAGCUUAUGGCGGAAGUGUGACACUGUGGAAACGGUACCCGAAUUUCUUAGAAGAAAUGUGGGGAAUAUCGAUGCCCUCUCGCAUUUUAAUACGGAAGUUGGCCUCCUGGAACGAAGAGGACGUGCGCUGCGAGUUUUGCUAUGGCAGGCUGUUGCUGAAGCUGGUAGGACUCGUUUAAAGCAGCUGAAGGAUCUAGAGAUUUUCUCAGAGCGGAACGAGGAUUGCCCACUCGUGAUGUUACGGAAAUACGCCGGGGCUAAGUCAAUAGCCGAUUACAGUUGCAAGGACGGCGAAGCUACAUUCGGGCAUUUCUGCCGACGUCUCGCAGCAUGGGGAUUCGUGGGGUUGAAUACAACGGAUGACUCAGGUCCUGUGGUUCCCGUGAAACUCGCCGAUCGGGUGGCUGAUCUUGUUUAUCUGAAAAAAGCCGCAUCUGAUGGUGAUGCUGCAGUGACGGCGAUAUUCGACACGUUCGUGGCAACUGUAGAGCGAGCCCAACAAGGGCUUGACGAUGCGGAAAGGGAAAGACUUGAAGGGUAUUUGCUGGACGUAGACGGGCGGCAGUUCCCCAUUUCGCGCUUGGCGAGGCAUAUCUCCACAAUUGAAGACGCGAGGAGGGACAGUGGCGUUACCGCUGCAGAUGUGGAGAAGAUGCGGAAAGGGUGGAGUGCCGGUGGCCUUCAGCGUGCGGCAAUUAAAUUAUUGAGUGAACAACACGUAUCAUAUUCUGUUUCUGUUGAUAUUAAGCGCUCCUCCUUGCACGGCUGGAUACGCGCCAGCGACCUUUCUUUACCGGACCAGACGGUGUUGGAAGUUGCAAUUGCGCUUACCUAA